CACUUGGCUCCAAUAAUUCAAAAGAUCUCAUUUUCUCAGAUUAAUGUCAAAACAAAUAAAAUCUUCUCUUUCUCUCUAGAAACUUGUGAAACCCUCAUGGAAGCUCAAAUGAGAUCAUCUCAAGGAGACAUGGAUCUUGAUGAGUGGGAGUUACUCCCCAAAAACUGUUUUAAGGAUCUUGAUCUUGAUCACGACGAGGAUGAUCAUCAUGGAGCCAUGAUCAUCUCCCCAUCUACUCAAGAUCCUCUCCACAAGAUGGAGUCUCCUCCAGUAUCCAUAGUUGUCCCCACAAAGCCCCUCCAAGUUCCCAUAGCUUGGGAACCUGUCUUGGAUCACGAGAACAAGAAGAUCCCCGAUCUUGAUCCGGAUCCAACACAUACUCUUCUGAUGGACUCUGUUCCAUCACCAAGAGUAUCCUUCAAGAAAAUGAAGGAAACUGAAUUUGCCGACAUGAAAAUUGACCCACCAGCGAGGAUCACGAGUCCUGUGCCUUCGAUAGAUGCUGCCAAUUGCGAAGGAAGCGAUGACUUGCAAGUGAAGAAAGAAAAUGAUGAUGUGACGAGUGAACAUGGUGGUGAGAAACUGAAUUUAUGGAAGAUUGGUCUUAACGGGAUUGGAGCUGUUUGCUCUUUUGGUGUUGCAGCUGCUGCUGCUACAGUAUGUGUCUUGUUUCUCGGACACAACAACAUCAAAGUUUGUAAGAACAAGAACCAAAAGCUUAGGUUCCAGAUUUACUCCGAUGAUCAUAAGAUGAUGAAUGAAGCUGUCAUGAAUCAUGCAACAAAGGUUAAUGAAGCAAUCUUUGCAAUGAAAGGUGUUCCUGUCGUAAGAGCUCAAAUAUCUUUUGGAGGUUACUACGAUGAACUUUAAAUCUCAACCAAAAUCAAAGGGAUCAAAUCGAGUUCACCCUCAUCUACCAGCUUCAUAAGUUCAAUAGUUUAUAGCGUGCAUGCAUGAUUCUUGUCAAUAAUAUUUUGUAAAUUUUGUUGAAAUCCGAUAUCUGUUGUUAGAUCAUUGUAAAAUUUCAUGUAAAAUGUUAAUUGUUUUUGAAAGAACCCAUCUAUUAUAUUAAAACAGAAGUCAUGACUCACUUCAUGUGUGAUUUUUUAGUUUGGA